UUAUUUGGUUGGGAGGGUUAUUUGACCUUUGAAUUACUUCAUCUCCUUCAGCCGGUGGUCAUCCAAGCGAACUAUUAGGCUUUUAAAAGGGGCUUAGGCUAAAGCCGCCCUUAACAUAUACCUCUGUUGUACACUUGUGCCGGGCGGACAACAUAUACACAUUAUAUAUACACAAACCCACGGAAAGGAUUCGCUUGUGUCUGUCUGUUUGCUCUCUUCUGAUAUCUGUGGAGUCGCGGAGAGUAGUGGGUUUUUUGCAUUUGGGGGUAAAAUGGGUAUAUGGGCAACAUUCAUGGAAGCCAUUCCUGCAUACACAGGACUAACCCCUGUAACAUUUUUCACUCUGAUGGCUGUGUUAGUGGCGGUCUAUCACCUUGUAAGUGGCAUGUUUGCAGCGCCUGAGCCCCAUGGAAACAGGGACUUUGUGCCUAUGGAGCCUAUCCCUGAGCCGGUUCAGCUUGGUGAAGUCACAGAGGAGGAAUUGAAGGCCUAUGACGGGACAGAUCCCAAGAAGCCCUUGCUCAUGGCAAUCAAGGGGCAGAUCUACGAUGUCUCUCACUCCAGAAUGUUUUAUGGCCCAGGUGGUCCAUAUGCCUUGUUCGCUGGAAAAGAUGCUAGCCGAGCCUUGGCAAAGAUGUCCUUUGAGGAGAAAGAUUUGACUGGGGACCUUGAAGGCUUGGGUCCUUUCGAACUAGAUGCUCUUCAGGACUGGGAGUACAAAUUUAUGGGAAAGUAUGUUAAAGUUGGGCAGAUCAAGAAACCUGCUGUUAAAGAAGUGGAAGUUACUGGAUCUGAUAAUGGACCUGAAGCAGAGCAUAGCACUAGGGAAGUGCAAAUCAAUGAGGAAUCAUCUGUUAAGGAAGUUGCUGAAGGGACGACAAAUGAUGAAUUGAAGGUAGCAAAUGGUACAUUGGAGGCUGAAGAGGCUGCAGAACCCAAGGAAAAUGGAGUAGAACCAAAAGAGGAUAUUGAUGUUACAAAAGAUCCAGUGGAAAUAAGUGAAGCUUCAGAAGAUGCACUAGAUGGGAAGAAAAACAAGGAGAUUGUACAUGAAGCUAACCAUACAGCUGCAGUUGCUUAGGAGUAGAUAAGCCAUACGUUACUCAUUAUAAAGCAUCUGAUCCUAAUCAUUUUGAAUGUUAUAAAAGUUUUGUGCAUAUUGGUAGUAUGUUAUCGUUGUUUCCCUAGGGGGCAACAAACAACAAACAAAGUAUCAUGUUAAUUUUGUUUUUAUGCGUUGGACUCUCUAGUGUUCAUAAAGGAAUAUCCUUCGUUACAUAUGGGAGUUUUCCUCGAUUCAACUUUUUAAUGAGAAUAUACAGUACGAAAUGAUAUAUAGCUAUUGUUUCAGAAAUGUCCUGUUAAUAAAAAAAUAAAAGUUAGAAUUGAAUUUGA